AUGUUUCGACAUAUCUUUCAAGUCUCAAAACCUAUGAGAUGGAAAUUGAAACGUGCAGUGGGUGGAAGCGGCAGUGCAUUUGAAAAUAAUAGCGUUACAAAAGAACAACAACUGACGGAGGCAUUGAAGAGAGCAAUGCCUGGCAUUUCAUAUGUGUGUGUAGAAGAUAUAUCUGGAGGUUGUGGAGCUAUGUAUGAGAUAAGUGUAGAAGCAAAGGAGUUUAUUGGUUUAUCAAGAGUGAAACAACACAGGCUUGUAACUGAAACCUUAAAAAGUGAAAUAGCAGAAAUGCAUGGUAUUAGAAUCCACACAACUCCAUCAUCAUCUAAAAACUAG